ACUGAAAUAGUGGUGGGCGUAUUCUAGAAAAGAAAAAAAAAGUGUGGUGGCCCCCAAAAAAAAGGCCAUAUCAGUGUAUGGUUCAGAGUCAAAGGGAAAAAAGGCCCAGCCCAUUCGUUUGACCAAAUCAUCCGUCGAAGAAAACUACCCUCCGCUAGCUUCUCCAUGUCAGCAAGGGAGACUCCCGCCGCUCCGCCGCGGCGCGCGCGCGUCGACUCAUCUCGAGUGUCACUCCCCACUGCCGGCGCGGCGGGCGAUCGAGCUUCGAGGCCCCAUCCCUAAAUAAAGCCCGCAACCCGCGGCCCGAUCACCCAAGCGCGCAUCGCGAUCCGCCGCGGCAGGGGAUCGAUCGAAAUGCCGUCCCGGUGCGGCCGGUGGGGCCGGGGCGGCGGCGACCUGUCAGGCAGCUCAGGGCGGUCGUUCAGCAUCACGACGGGGAUCCUCCCGUCGCUAGGCGCCCAGAGCAUCAGCGGCAGCGGCCGCCGGCGCCGCCUCCGGAGCUGCAUCAUCUCCCCCUACGACCGCCGCUACAGGCUCUGGCAGCACUCCCUGGUGCCGCUCGUCCUCUACUCCGCCUGGGUCUCCCCCUUCGAGUUCGGCUUCCUCCACAACCCCACCGCCCACAGCCCGCUCGCCGUCAUCGACAACGCCGUCAACGUCUUCUUCGCCGUCGACAUCGUCCUCACCUUCUUCGUGGCCUACACCGACAAAAAGACAUACCUCCUCGUCGACGCGCCGUCCGAGAUCGCCUGGCGGUACGCCAAGACGUGGCUGGUCCUCGACGUGGCGUCCACCUUACCGACGGAGCUCACCCGGAUGCUCCUCCCGAAAGACCUCCGGUCCUACGGCUUCUUUGGCAUGCUCCGGCUCUGGCGGCUCCGGCGCGUCGGCGCGUUGUUCUCGGCCAUGGAGAAGGACCGCAAGCUGAGCUACUUCUGGGUCCGGUGCCUCAAGCUGGUCUUCGUCACCGUCUUCGCCGUCCACUGCGCCGGCUGCUUCUACUACCUCCUCGCCGACCGCUACCCGGACCCGGCCGCCACGUGGAUCGCCACCUCCAUGCCGGACUUCCACGCCAGGACCCUCUGGGACCGCUACGUGGCCUCCAUGUACUGGUCCAUCACCACGCUCACCACCGUCGGAUACGGCGACAUGCACGCCGUCAACCCCAGGGAGAUGCUCUUCAGCACCGUCUACAUGCUCUUCAACCUGGGGCUCACCGCUUACCUCAUUGGCAACAUGACCAACCUCGUCGUCCAUGGCGCCAGCCGGACCAGGAAGUACAGGGACACCAUCCAGGCGGCGACGAGCUUCGCGGUCAGGCACCAGCUGCCGGACAGGUUGCAGGAGCAGAUGAUCUCCCAUUUGAGUCUCAAGUUCAGGACCGAUUCUGAGGGGCUCCAGCAGCAGGAGACGCUGGACGCCCUGCCCAAGGCCAUCCGCUCCAGCAUCUCGCAUCACCUCUUCUUUGCACUCGUCCAGAACGCAUACCUCUUCCAGGGCGUCUCCAACGACCUCAUCUUCCAGCUGGUGUCCGAGAUGACCGCCGAGUACUUUGCGCCGAGGGAGGACGUCAUACUGCAGAACGAAGCGCCCACCGAUUUCUACAUUAUUGUCACUGGUAGUGUGGAGCUGAUAAACAUCCAGAACGGUGCAGAGGAGCCGGCCGGCGCGGCCAAGUCCGGCGAAGUCAUCGGCGAGAUCGGCGUCCUGUGCUACAGGCCCCAGCUCUUCACGGCCAGGACAAGAUCCCUUUGCCAGCUCCUGCGCCUCGACCGCACCGACUUCCUCCAGAUCGUCCAGUCCAAUGUCGGCGACGGGACCAUAAUCAUGAACAACCUCAUUCAUUACCUCAAGGAGAAGAAGGACGACGGGGUGAUCGCCGGCGUCAGCAAGGAGAUCGAGCACAUGAUAACCAGGGGCCAGCUUGAUCUGCCAAUCACACUCUGCUUCGCGGCGUCCAGGGGAGAUGAACAUCUGUUGCAUCAGCUACUGAAGCGCCGCGGGCUGGACCCGAAUGAAACCAACAAUGAUGGACGAACUGCACUGCAUAUAGCAGCUUCCGGUGGGAGUGAGCAGUGUGUCAAGCUGCUUCUGGAGAAUGGGGCAGAUCCAAAUGCCAGAGAUCCGGAAGGAAGAGUGCCGCUGUGGGAGGCCAUGAGCAGGAAGCACGAGCGGGCGGCGCAGCUGCUGGCGGAGGCCGGCGGGAGCCUGUCGGCGGGGGACAGCGCCGCGUACGCGCGGUUCGCCGUGGAGGAGGACGACGCGGCGCUGCUGGAGGAGAUCGCCCGGCGCGGCGGCGACGUGGCCGGCGCGUCCUGCAGCGACGGCGUCACCCCGCUUCACCGCGCCGUGCUCAACGGCAGCGCCGCCAUGGCCAGGGCACUGCUGUCCCUCGGCGCCGACCCCGACCGGCAGGACGACCGCGGGCACACGCCGAGAUCCAUGGCCGACCGCCAUGGCCACGCCGAGAUCCAGCGCCUCUUCGCGUCCCACCACCGGCAGCAGGGAGAUCCAGAUCCGGACCCCACGCCCUCGUCCCCGGCGGCGGCGGCGGCGGAGAGGGUUCCUUCCCGGGGCAGCGGCGGAGUGGGGAACCGGUCGCCAUCGAACUCCUCCUCCUCUUCGUCCCCCAUGUCCUCGGCGCGGAUCUCGCCGCGGAGGAUGAUGGCGUCGAGCUUCCGGAACUCGCUCUUCGGGGUGCUCUCCACUUCGUUCCACGGGAACCGGCUGGACGACGGCGCGCGGAGCUUCCACCACCGCCUUCCCCGCCGGCAGCACGAGAGGGGGGAGCAGCAGCAGCAGCAGCAGGAGAGCGCGCCGUCGCCGGUCGCGAGGGUGACCGUGUCGUGCCCGGAGGUUCAGGGAGAAGGCGGGAGUAGGAGGGUGAUGGUGCCGGUGCCGGAGACGAUGCGGCAGCUGGUGGAGGGCGGGGCGAGCAGGCUCGGGUUCGGGGCGGCGACCAGGGCGGUGACGCGCGACGGCGCCGAGGUCGAUGAUGUCAGGGUCUUCAGGGACGGCGACCACAUCUUCCUCGUCUCCGAUCACUGGGCGCCGCCUGGCCCUGACACUAGUACCAGCUCGCGUAGGAACCAAUAACAGAAGUAGCUCUAGGGGAGGAUGGAUCAUCUUCCAGAUUUUUUUAGACAAGAAGGCUGCAAGAUUAUGGGGGGCGAAUUGCAGAGCUUUGAGUAGCAGAUUGGUCUUCCUGCCCUGAUUCAUGCGGAGGAGGAGGAGCUGCUGUAGGCGGCCGCCAUUGCUGGAAUGCUGGUGAUCGGGGAACUCCAGCCUGCAGCCUUCGAUCAGAUAAGUGCGGAGAAAAAGAGGCCCAUCGGCCCACAAAAGGACGCCGAGCAGGCGAGGAAAGUCCAUAGGAGGAACCAAAAAACGAACCCAUACAGGCAACGGUCCAAAAGUUCUAUCUGUACGGGCCUUUCUCUCAAAAAAAAUAUCUGUACGGGCCUAACGGCCCAUGUUUGGACGAGGAAUUUUGCAGUUUAGGGUGA